UCCAAUUCCAAAUUCGUCUUCGUUCUUCCUUCUCAUUCGUUUGGAUUCUCUCAUGAUUCAGCUCUUCGACGAAUUGGGGCAAUUAGAGGGUUUUUUGGUAAAAGAGAUGCCUUUGAAGUGGAUGUAAAGAGAUAGAUACCUAAGCAUCAGUAGUGUGUGAUACUAUAGAACGAAAACUCGAUAAUUGGGUGUUGUUUACUAAUCUUGGCUGAGGGUAGUUAACAGCAAAAGGAGUUGCUCUGAAACUAUAGGCAGCAUCAACCAACCAACCAGCACAGGAAUGGAGCUGUUUGGUUCUUUAAAAUUGAAUUUGUCGAAAGAGGUGAGCAUACAGGUUUCGUGGAGGUCGAUUAGGAGCUUUGUCCUUGGACAAAAAGGGACUUUUCGUGGAUUCUCAUGAGACCAUACCAGUCUAAAAUCUAGUUGAGGUUACAGUGAAGAAGUAAGUAAGUCAUUUUGGAUCUGGAAUUGCAUUUGAAUCUAGAGACAUUGCUACUAUGUGGUGGUUGCAAGAGUUAGGUGUCCUUUAUUUUCAAGUCUUCAUCAAACAAAGAUGGGAUACAGCGAGCUGCAUAAGUAAUCCAGGAUAAAUCAAGGAGAGCAAUUGUACAAGAAUUGGUUUACAUGUUACAACAAUCAUCAAGAAGGUAUCAUGUCUUUCUGAGCUUCCACGGCCCAGAUGUUCGUAGAUCAUUCCUUAGUCAUUUGCAUAAACACUUUGCAAGCAAAGGGAUCACGACAUUUAAGGAUCAAGGCAUUGAGAGAGGCCACACCAUCAGACAUGAACUCGUACAAGCCAUUAGAGAAUCAAGAGUCUCAAUCGUGGUGCUGUCGAAGAAGUACGCUUCUUCAAGUUGGUGUUUAGAUGAACUGGUUGAAAUCUUGAGGUGCAAAGAAGAUCAGGGGCAGACAUUGAUGACAGUUUUUUACGAAGUUGAUCCAUCAGAUGUUCAGAAACAGGGCGGAGAUUUCGGAAGCGGUUUUGCGAAAACUUGUGAAAGGAAAACCGAGGAGGAGAAACAGAGGUGGAUGAGAGCUCUGACUUAUGUAGCUAACAUUGCCGGAGAACACUCUCUAAAUUGGGAUGAUGAAGCUGAGAUGAUUAAGAAGAUUGCUGCUGAUGUUUCAAACAAACUGAAUGUUACACCAUCAAAGGAUUUUGACGGGAUGGUGGGAAUGGAAGCUCACUUGAGAAAAGUGAACUCUUGUUUACGCCUAGAGUGCGAUGAAGUAAAAAUGAUUGGAAUCAUUGGUCCUGCGGGAAUCGGUAAGACAACCAUUGCUCGAGCUUUAUUCAACCAACUCUCUGCCAAUUUUCAGCUUAAAUGUUUCAUAGAGAACCUCAAGGGAAGUUAUGGGAACGAUGGUACGGAUGAUUAUGGUUCAAAGUUGUGUUUGCAAAGCCAACUUUUAUCCAAGAUUUUGAACCAAAGGGAUAUGAAGGUACAUCAUUUAGGCGCAAUAAAGGAAUGGCUACAAGACCAAAAAGUCUUUAUAGUUCUUGAUGAUGUAGAUGAUCUUGAACAACUAGAUGCCUUGGCUAAAGAACCAUCUUGGUUUGGUUUAGGGAGUCGGAUUGUCGUUACCACAGAAGAUAGAAAGAUAUUGAAGGCACAUUGGGUGACUGAUAUCUACCUUGUGAAUUAUCCAUCCGAGGAAGAAGCUCUGGAGAUUUUAUCUCUAUAUGCUUUUAAGCAAAGUUCUCCAUCGGAUGGUUUUGAAGAGCUAGCAAAGAAAAUUACAAAUAUUUGCGGUAAUCUUCCAUUAGGCCUUCGUGUUGUUGGUUCAUCUUUGCGUGGAGAGAGCAGGGACGAGUGGGCAUGUCAAUUAUCUAAGCUAGAAACUAGCCUUGAUAGAAAACUUGAGAACGUGUUAAGAAUGGGAUAUGACAAAUUAUUGAAGAAAGAUCAAUCUCUGUUUCUGCACAUUGCAUUUUUCUUUAACAAUGAAGCCAUUGUUCAUGUGACAACCAUACUAGCUGACAGUGACUUAGAUGUCAGAAAUGGGUUGAAGACCCUUGCAGAUAAAUCUCUCGUGUAUGUAUCAACCAAUGGGUGGAUCACAAUGCAUUGUUUACUGCAACAAUUGGGGAGACAAGUUGUUUAUGAACAGUCUGAUCAACCUGGGAAACGUCAGUUUUUAGUCGAGGCUGAAGAUAUUCGUAAUGUACUGGCAAACGAAACUGGUACUGGAUCUGUCGUAGGUAUAUCACUUGAUAUGUCAAAGAUCGAUGAGUUCUUUAUAAGUGGGCGAGCCUUUGAAGGAAUGCGUAAUCUCCGGUUCUUAAAAAUCUAUGGGAGCCAUUUUAGUACAUUGCAGAUGUCAGAAAACAUGGAAUAUUUACCACGUUUAAGGCUACUACAUUGGGAUUCAUACCCAGGAACACUUCUUCCUCAAACAUUUCGACCAGAAUGUCUCGUUGAAUUCCAUAUGGCAUAUAGUAAGCUUGAGAAGCUCUGGAGAGGUAUCCAGCCUCUUACGAAUCUCAAGGAGAUAGAUUUGGGAUAUUCCAAAAAUUUGAUAGAGAUUCCAGAUCUUUCAAAGGCUACUAAUCUUAAGACAUUGACACUUACGUCUUGCACAAGUUUGGUGGAGCUUCCUUCUUCUAUUAAGAAUCUACACAAGUUGAAAAAGUUGAUGAUGAUGGGGUGCGUAAAGCUACAAGUUGUUCCAACCAACAUCAACUUAGCAUCUCUUGAAGAAGUCGACAUGAGUGAUUGCUCACUGUUGAGAAGCUACCCGGAUAUUUCUACGAACAUCAAGGAUCUCGAUGUUGGAAACACGAAGUUGGAAGUUCAUCCAUCAAUUGUUGAACGUUUGCCUCGUCUUGAGUGGUUUCGUAUAGGUAGCAGAAACCUCAAGAGACUAACACAUGUCCCAGAAAGUGUAACACAUCUAGACCUAAGCAACAGCGAUAUAGAGAAGAUUCCAGAUUGCAUCACAAGUCUCUCUCGACUAGAGAGUCUUUUCGUCUUCAAGUGCAGAAAACUUCUGACAUUGCAGGGUCUUCCGUCUUCGCUCAAGUACAUAGAUGCGACGGAUUGUGGAUCACUCGAGAGAGUCAGUUUCUAUUUCGGUGAUCCAAUGAAGGACUUCAUGUUCCACAAUUGUUUCUCAUUCCAGUAUCCAAUCAGGGAACUCAUGUUCCAAAACUGUUUGAAUCUUGAUGAAGAAUCAAGAAGAGUACUCAUACAACAACGGGUUUACGAAUAUGUAUGUUUACCAAGUAAAGAAGUUCCGGCGGAGUUCACUCACAAAGCUAGAGGAAACACCUUAAUCAUCCCUAUGGUUAUGGAUUGUAAAGGAACUUUCUUUGCAUCCUCAAGAUUUAAGGCUUGUCUUCUGCUUUCGCCAAUCAAGUACUCAUAUCUUGAUAUAACUUGUCGUCUAAUGACAGCAGGAGGUGUUACCAUUAUGGAACUUAAUUGGGAUUCAAUGAAUGUUUCUCAUUUCAUAACAGAGCAUCUGUUUAUAUGUGGUGCUAACUUGGUUCGAGAAUCACUUAACGUGGGUGUGACUGCGAACGAGAUUGUGUUUGAGUUCAGCUGCAUGGACAACGCCAAGAUUAUUGAGUGCGGUGUACAGAUCUUGAGUGAGGAAACAGAGAGUAACAGUGGUAGCGAAGUGGAUUACUUUGAAACUGAAGCCAUCACCGACGACCAUACGUAUGGAAAUGAAUACUAUGAACCUGAAGCUGCUCAAUGUAAAUAUACAUGUUUCUGGAGUUGGCUUAAAAAGCUUUGGUCUAGAGAAGAAAAUGAUGACAUCACAGAAGAAAACAUGAACCCCCAUUAUGAUUUAAAGAUGAUGAAGAAGGUGUUUGCAUUAGGUAUAUCUUUGCUUUUGCUAUAUCUUAUUUUCCCAUAGUUUUUUCCUGCAAGAACUCAUAGUGUUGUCAAAAAUCAAAAUACUUGUAGUAACCUCUUCGAUCGAUUACUUUGAACCAAGAGGUAUGAAAUUAUAUGUGUGUAUUGAGUUAUAUGACCUCUUGAUUUAAAGUA